GUGACCAAAUAGUUGCGGGAAAACCGAACUGAAGGACUGUUCGUUGAAUCGACCACAAAGACAUAACAAGAGCUCUUUUUAUUUGUUAUCAGAACUAAUAUCGCGUUAUUGCAACAGAAAGAAUCAUAAGACAAACUGGAGAUGAGUUCUCCACAUGCUGAUGUUGUCAGACACGGUAUCUCUGUGAUCUGGGAAAACCUGCAGUGUCCCAUAUGUCUGGAUUUGAUGGUCACUCCUGUAUCUACUAAAUGUGACCACCAGUUCUGCAAAUUUUGCAUGCUGAAGUUAUUGGACAGAUCUAAGAGAAACGAGGCCUCUUGUCCAGUGUGCAAAAUGAAGAUUACUAAAAGGACCCUGCACGAGAGUCCCGGGUUCCAGACGCUGGUUGAGGGACUGAAGUACCUGGUUCAGUCUUAUGAGUUUGACACAUGCACAAACUAUUUUACUGGAAUGCUACAGAAAAGGCAACAGGAAAGUAUUGAAACAGGAUCAGGAGAUCAACAUUGCAUACAGGAAAAUAUUCCCUCCAGUGACGUGGAAAAACCUUACGAUAAUGAUGUAUCUCUGUCCUCCUCAGCUGCUGCCAAAGAUGGGUUUGCACAGUUGAUGGAUUUGGAGAAUUCAUGUCCUUCAAAUUCAGAAGAGAAGGAAGCUGAUAUGAGUAAACUGCCGCAAAAUGGCUCUGAACAUUGUAUAUCCACUCUGGAGAGUAAGAAAGAGGCACAAGGGCGAGCUGAGCAAGUUGUUUACAGAAGAAAAACUAGAUCUCAUGCAGUCAAAUCUCAUGAAAGUGAAAGUCAAGAUGCAAAAAAUCCAUAUUUGAGGCACUCAAGCAGAACAUCCAAAAGGUCUGACUCAAAGCUAGAGGGACCUGUGGAUCACAAGCAGAAGAUGAGCGUAGAUAAAGUGUCUGAGUGGUUGCUGAAUACUUCACCUACUAUAAACCUGGAAACCAAAGAGAACAGUAGGAUGAGAAAUAAGAAUAUUCCUGGAGUUUACAGUGAUUUUGAUUCUGAUAAUGAAAGCAUUUGCUCCUCUGUAACUUCAGUGAAUAACCAAACAACUUGCCUUGAAUUGGAAGUCCAUCCAGCAUUGGAGGGGUCUCGGCGACGGCUGGAGGAACAAGUGUUUGGGGCCAUAUACAAACGAGGUCGGAAAACUAGCAUGGACAAACACAACAAGCGCUUUUCACCUGAAAAGAGCACUGCCCCUCACACCUUAUGUUUUGAAGAAGUCGAGAGCAACUUAAAAAUGAGUGGAGACCUGACUCCAGCAAAUGUAAUCAGCAACGAAGAGGAGACUGCUGGAAGCUAUCAAAUGGAUGUUGAGGAACCUGAAAAACUCACUAACACUAAGCUUGGGGACAAAACGGUAAAAGAUGUCAAGUUGAACAGUUGCAAGGCUGGACAACUGGUAAUAAAUUCUCAAGCUGAGAAUGAAAAUGGUGUUAUGGAGUGUCUAGAGGAAGAACAUGAAAACAGAAAUGUUGAGAACAGUCCUGUAUUUGAGAUGCCAGUAACGAGGCCCAGGAGGAAGCUGGUGUCAAAGAUGCAGGAUGCCUUUGAGGGUUUGAACAACAAUGAGAAUAAAAAUGACAAACAGGUUUGCAAGAGAAGGAACCGCUGUGAGAACCUAAAAGAUUAUCCGGCCCAAAGUAAGAAUGCAAGAAAGUCCCUCACUCUUGUGAAUGCUGGGACUGAGAUUGCUGUUGUGGCUAAGAACUCAGCAAGAAACGCUAAAAUGGUUGAGACUGAAGUUCAUAUUGAAACUUUUCCAAGUAGUGAAGAGCCACAGUCUCCUGACACAAGGUUGACCAGAAGAAGUUUAAGGUUACAGCUUUUCACAGAACAAGUUCAGGGCACUUGGCGCAAGAAGAAACCUAAACAAGUCCCUAAAGACUCAACUCUUAUAUCUGAAAAUAUCUUGGCAAAAAUUUCCAACGGCGAUAACGUUGAAUGCUUAGAUGCUAAUGUGACACGUGCUGACACAGAAGAAGCUAAUGUGAGUGGUACGCCUCAAAGUAAAAAAUCUGAACUGGUUGUAGGAAAAAAUGGAUGCGUUUGCAACAGUGACUUGAGUGUAAUUGAGAAGCUCCAAUCAAGCUCAGGUUCUUUUGUACAGAGUGGACAACCAUCAGAAGAGAAAUCGUUUAUUACUGUUGUGCCGAACACAAUUGUUCAAGAUGAACAGAGUGUUUCAAUGGUUUCCUAUUUAAGUCCCUCUGUGGCUGCUGUACCGUUACUCGAGAAUCAUAAUUUAGACUCCUCAAAUGUAGUUGCCUUAAGAGAUAACACUUCGACAAGUUCUGCAGUUUUAUGUGCCGCACAGUCCAAAGGUAUUGAGAUCGAUAAGGAACAUGAUGCCAGUGACAGUGAGCAAGACACGGAGCAACUGAUGAGGACAUUCAAAACAACCAAAAGAAAGUCUUUCUACCUUCAUAGCCCCAAAGCUACACUCUCUGGUAGGGCAGCCAUGAGUCUUAGAAAUGGUCCAAAUAAUACAGAUUCCACAGAUAAACCAAACAAAAUUUCCAUGAAUGGAGCAAAAGAAAGAAACGAUACACCAUCAGCUUUAACAGAUUCAUGUGUGAACGAUAUUGUUUCAACCUCAAACCAUGUUGAGCCCCUGCCUCCUGAAGCAUUGCCACAGAAAUGUUCUGAUAAUGCAAACAGCACCUGUACACCCUACAAAGGAUGUCAGGAGCAAACAUCGAUGCAAAAUUCUGCCAUUAGUGAAAGUCUUUGUAGAGUUUCAAAUUCUCAAAAUUCAAGACUUCCUGAUCAUUCUGAACCCAUGGACUCUGCCUUGCUGUUCCCUGUCCUUAAUGCUACGGAAGAUGAGCCACAAAAACAGAGCUGCAAGGCUUCUGAGGACAAACAGUCCCCAAAAAUAGCUUCCUGUGAUCCAUGGACUCAGGAACACUCAAAGGAGAAUCGAGGACAUGUUGCACAGAGUGAUGUAGCCUCCUUCAGAAUUCAAGACUUGUGCCACUCUUCAGGAAUUAUGCCAAACUCUUGUCGACACUCUCUGGAUUCCUCCAUCACCCCAGAUGGUCUUAUAGCAGUUAAGGCUGAUCCAGUGGUCAGCGAGAGCUUGCAGAAGGUGGAAGAAAGCAGCGUAGAAAGUGUUUAUCUGCCAAAUAUCAAAAGAAAGAAGAGGAGAGCUCAAAGACUUGAUUCAUCAGAUUCUGAAUUCAGUAAUGAUGAAGGUAGCUUACCCUCCAUGUCCCAGAUCUUUAAAUGUCACCCUUUAGACCCCCAGUCAUCCAAAGUGUCACUUCCAGGAUCAGCAGUUUCAAACCAAGAUGGCGCACAAGUGAAUGACCAAAGAACAAACUCAGGACCUGGUUCUUCAAGCCAGCACAGUCCCUCCAUGAAUUGGCCAGAGUCAGGGUCAGGAUACCAGGAUGUGUGUCCUCCUCAGAGACAAAUGAGUGUGACUGGAAGUUUAGUUACUAUCCAAGAUGACUGCACUCCUGUCCUUCCCAACAAAGAUGACUGUCUUCCUUCAAGUCAAGGAUCUGUGGAUCUGUUUGGCACACCAGAGGAAUGUGCAGUUGAUGGGAUUUCUGGUGAUGCGAGACUUUCAGUUGAGUCUUCUCAGUAUGAAAUUUUUAACACACAGAAAAAAGUUGAGAUGCAGGAGGAGCUACAUAGACUGGAGAGGAUGAUGGCGCUGGUUUCAGAAGCUCUUCGUAAGAAGGAGUCUGACUGUGGGUCUAAAGCAGAUGACCCCAAUCCCUCUCAAGCACCUCAGCUGGACCAGAACUCAGCUGGCACUGAAUGUACGAAGAAUGUUUGGAAAGGAGAAAGGACAGACAGUGAAAAUAAAGCCCAUGAUUCCAGCAGGGAUCAUCCAGAUAUUCCAGAGACUGUUCAGUCUAAUGCUGUUAUUGGAAAUGCACAGGCAAUAAAAGGGCGAUACUCCACCAGAGGAAGCCAGCAAUCCCUCAGGAAUACACAGCUGUCAUCACAGAGAUUGAGUUUACGGUCAUGUGUCAAAGCACAGAGCUUCACCGCUGAUCAAUCAACAAAGCCAACAGAUGAAGCAAUUCAGAGGAAACCCAUACCUGCUCACCCCAAGACCAAAGCCACUGACAGCGGUGCAUCAUGUAGAGUUACAGGACUGGUGGCAUCUGGACUCACUGCCAGUGAACUGAGCAUGGUGAAGAAGUUUGCCAGGAAGAUGGGCUGCAAUUUGACCAAAGAGAUCAUAUCUAAUACAACCCACAUCAUCAUCAAAACAGACGAGAAUCUGGUGUGUGAACGCACACUGAAAUACUUCCAGGGCAUCGCAGGGAGGAAGUGGGUGCUUAGUUUCCAGUGGGUCUCUGAAUGUUUUAGACAAGGGAAGAUUCUUGAUGAAGCACUGUUUGAAGUUUAUGGUGAUGUUGUUAACGGACACAACCACAAUGGACCCCUGAAAGCUCGGACCACCUCAGAUGACAACCUGUUGAUGAGAGGAUAUGAGAUCUGUUUCCAUGGCUCUUUCACUCAUAUGAGUAGAGGUCAGAUGGAGGUGAUGGUGGAGAUGUGUGGGGGGGCAGUUGUUACAGACCCUCUCACGUUUUCCACACAGGGUAAUUGCCAGUUGGUGGUGGUUCAGCCCAGUCCUGACGAUGCUGUAGGAUCCUACAGAGCUCUUCAGCAGAAGGCGGUAGUUGUGAGUCGUGGUUGGCUGCUGGACUCCAUCGCGACCUACACUCUUCAGAACCCAGAGCACUACAGACCAUAAACCCCUUUAAAGCGUUGCUAAUUUCAUUGUUGCUUCUCUUCUGAGCAUCUACAUUACUCAGACACUGCACUUGAUCUGUCUGAAUGCUUUUCCUGCUAUAAUUCUGAUUCAGAAAAGAACAUUUAAUAGUAAAACUCAUUAUACAUACUGUCUGUAUACAUACAUUAUACAUAAUAUCCUGUUCUGAGAUUAUAAAACCAUCUGACUACAAACAAGAA